CAUUUCCCAACAAUAUAGCACGAGAAAUGGAAGUGUACUCUGCUUGCAAAAGCUUGAUGUUGCCCCUUUUGGCAAUUGUUUUAUUCAUAUCUCUAGCACAGGCAGCCACAUCUGCCAAAGCCUCUAAGCCAGCCUACACAAACUUCGUCAUAACCAAAUGCAAUAUCACCAUAUACCCUUCACUUUGCCAGAAUACACUAAUUCCCUAUGCCUCUUCCGUGAAAGUCAACUCCACAAAGCUUUGCAAAGCAGCCCUUGAUGUAACCAUAAAAGGCGCAAAAAACGCCUCUGUCACUGUCUCGACACUAAAAAAAAAGAAGGGAAUAACAAAAAUUGAAGCCUCCAUUAUUAAAGACUGCAUUGAAGAUGUGAAGGAUGCAGUGUACGAACUCAAGCUGGCUGUUGAAGCAAUGGGACAUCUUGGCGAUGAAGAUAAGGAAUUUCAAUUGGCUAAUGCUAAAACUUACGCAAGUGCUGUGAUAACAGAUGCAGACUCGUGCACCGAAGGGUUAUCCGAACGGAAAGUGAAUCCAACUGUGAAGAAAAUGAUAAAUAGUAGCAUGGCAAAUAUUACUAGACUUGCAAGCAAUGCAUUGGCACUCAUUAACCAUCUUUAUUAGAAGUGUCUAUUUUGGUUUGGAUCCUUGGAAGGCUUCAGCUCUGAUUUAUUGGAAUUAAUGCACAUGAGUUUCUUUCUUAUAAUAUUCUGGACAUGCAAUCUUGUUUAUUAUAUGUUUAAAGCUACCACUAUAAAUACAGUCAUGAAUCCAUUUUCUUGAAGUAGUUACUGUAAACUUAGUUUCGGUACUUUAAUUUUCUCAAAUAGCUUUUAGCUACCGAUUAGUCCACUAGAGCAAAUUAGAAGUUAUAAAGACGAAGCUUCUUUAUGCGAGAAGGAAAUCAAAACAGGGAAAAAAAAAAAUUCGAAGACAAUAACAGAUAGAAUCCGCUAAUUAGAAAAUACUAUAAAAUAAUAAAAAUAAAAAUAAAAAACUUUCUUUUUUCUUCUCACGCGACUUCAUGUACGUGUAAAAACUGGGCAUGUUACGUGGGGCCAAAAGAUGGUGUUAAUACUACUUCCAACGAGCUUGGGAAGGUUAUAGAACCUCCC